UAAAAAAUGUGACCACACUAAUAAAAUGUUAACAUAAUAAAUUAGUCAGUCAGUGCUUCUGGUUGUAAUUUUGCGCUAAUAUUUUUAAAUUAAACUAAUAAAUUCUUGUUAUUACAAAUUAAUCAAAAAGCUAAAAUAUUCCAUCAAUUUUUGUAGCUUAUUUAAUGACAUUUUAAUGCUGCAAAAGAAAGAGAUGGCUUAAUUUAUGGAAAUGAGAAAAAGGGACAGCACUUUCCAUGAAUGAAAAGGUAAUCAAUCAAUCACAACACCAAUUUUUCUGAAUUAUUAUUUAUUGUGAAGUGCUUUAUUUUUCGUCAAAAUUAGUGAAAUACAUGAAAAUGAAUACGAUAACAAGUGAAUUGAGUAUGCACGAUUUGAAUGUGAGGUUUUUUGAGAUAAUGCAAAAUGAAAAUAAUGCGGAAGCUGCAGCAAAUUAUAUCUUCGAAGCUGUAUGCGACGAUGUGACCCUAGGAUUUGCUUUUGAGUUCCACCAUGGGCUGAAGACUGGUUUGACUGAAUUGAUGGAAGGCGAGAAGGAAGAAGAGGAGCCUUACAAAAUAGUGAGCACACCAGAAUGUGAUGUCUUUGGUUUCUCAAUGAUGAAGAAAACACCUGAUUCAAACUGUUCCUGUCCAAACUGUGAGAGACCUGUUUCAGCUACAAGAUUUGCUCCUCAUCUAGAAAAAUGCAUGGGUAUGGGCCGCAACAGUUCACGCAUAGCCUCCCGUCGUAUCGCCUCAAACAGCCGCGAGCCAACCUCUUACGCGGGACUACUGAGUGAUGACGAAGAUGAUGUUGACUGGUCCGGAGGCUCCAUGCAGAAUGAGCGACGGAAACGCAGGAUUAAGAAUAACAACAAUAGGAAACCUAAUAAAGUGCAUAAGCACAACAACGGGACGCAGAACUCGGACUCGAACGACGGCGCCACAUACGAAACGAUGAGUGCCAACGAGAAGAAGAAUCUGCUGCAGCAAAUCUGCGGCGUCGUUUCCGAGCACACUAAGAAAUUAUGCACUAGAUCUACACGCUGCCCGCAACACACAGAAGAACAACGGCGCGCUCUCCGCAACAGUGUUCUAGAACCUUCCACCCCAGAGUCGCAGACUAUGGGCCUCACCGCUGAAGAGGCUGGCUCCCCUCCCGACUCCAGCCCUUCAUCCUCCUGCUCCUCAUCCAGCCGCAAAAGGGACCGCCAUCGCGCCCAACCAAAAACCAAAAGCAAGAGAGAAAGGAAUAUAUCACCUAACACAAGGGACUAAGGACUGAUUUCGCUUAAGAGGUAAACUGGAUGCGGUAGAAAAUAGAAACUAUUAAUUUAGCUUACCCUAAACGGGGUCAUGUGACUAUGUAUGGCAUGUGUUCGCUUUUUAGCUAUGAAACAGUUCCAUUAAUUGUAUGGUAUUUCCUUUGACCGAUGGCCAUAGAUGAUUUUAUUUGAAUAUACAAUUACAGGUUUGUAAUAAGUUCCUGUAUACAUAGGAUUAAGUUAGUUGACAAUAAUGAUGAUAAUAUUUUAUAUUUGAUUCUUUAGUGACAUGUUCAGAUGGUUUGCUUGAUAGCAUGAGUGAUUUUAUUGAUUUUAAUCAGGCAUAGAACUAAGAAAUAUACAUUGCAACUUAAAUAAAAGUAAUUAUCUUUGAGCCGUUCUUGAAGGAUUCAGAAAGAUAUAAAUCUUAGUAUUGGUUAAUAUACAAACAUUACUCUCACAAGUGCAUUCAAAAGUAAACCGUCAUUACUUUAUUACAUCGUUGACAAUCAUUUGCUUUUGCAAUUACGUAUCGGCGGUCAAAGGAAGAUAUAAUUAUAAUCAAUUUGACGGUGCGUAUAAACAUUAGUUUUUACUAUGAUAUUGGUAAUGCAUAAACACUACGCUACGCUUAUCAAACUGCCACAAAUCUAUCAAUUUUGUUCAAUUAUCAACCUCAUCAUCUAUACUACUUAAUGCUAAUAUUAUAAAGAUUUAACACCGAAGACUCAACGCAAACGCAAACAAUAUAAUUUUUAAAUUGGUUUACUAGUCCAAAAAGGAAACCAAUUUAAAGAAUGUUUUUCCAUUUAAAAACCUUUUUGGCAGUAACAUAGGCUACUUUUCAUUCUGAUGGUUCUACAGGAUCAGAACCGACUCCAGAAAUCGUCUAAAUUCCAGCUCCACACAUUGACAGUUUGUGGUAGUAUAUGUUAGCGUUUACUAGAAUUUUUCAUGGAUAAAAAGAAAGCAAAAUGAUUUUGAUGUCCUAAUAAUUAAGAACAUAAUCGUAUAUAAUAACUAUAUUGAUAUACUAUAAUUUAUUACUGACUGCACCUAAAUAUGUAAACAUUUAGAUAGACGAGAAACAGAUUCUUACUAUUCAAGGUUAUUACCAACCUCGCGUGACUGCAUUUAUUAUCCUACAUAUACAGCAAAAGUCAUCAGAUUUUAAAGCACUUAUUCCAGAUCCCUAAAGUUUGCCGAAAGGGAAAAAUUUUGUGACAAUUAAAUUCUUAUUGAACCUAUUUAGGAAAAACUAAGUAAUUAGACAUGCAAAAAUUUAAUUUCUGUGAACGCAUGUAUUUUUUGGGUGAGUAGAAAAACUCAUUCAUCUGUACAGGUCUUAUUGUGAUUCAAAAUGUAACCUACAUGUUACUUCGUAAAUAUAUGCAUACUAUGUUUAUAAAUUAAUCUAGUAUUUAAAUAAAGUAAAAUUAUCAAAAAAAAUAUGAUUGUAGUAAAAUAAUUCGAAUACUAUGUUGCCUACAAAAUUAAUUAAAACUAAACUUUGACUUAUCAUACCUGAAUAUAGAUGUUGGGAAUCUAAAAAAAGAAAAAUAGCAUCAGAAACAACUGCAUCGCGAUUUUUAUUACCUGAAAGACAGUGUGUUAAUAUUACGUCUACAACUCUAUAUACUUAGAAUAAAUGACGACAAGAAUGGGGUGAAUAAAUAUUAGAACAUUUGAUCAUACCAAAAGUCACCGUUCUCAAAUAAAAUCUAGUAUAUUUCAAAUUUCAUUUACCCUUUCUUGGUCACUGUGCCAAUUUGGGAACAUUUAAUAAUUCGGGGUAGAAGCAUUGUAUUUCUAUAAUAAAAAUAAAAUAAACACAUUUACAUUUAAAGACAACUUAUUAUCCUUUUGACCAUUUAAUGGGUUAACUUGAUUUUAAAUAAAACAAAUGUUACACAUAUUGAGUAUCUUAUUAAUGUAUUUACUUAUGUUGUUUGACAAUACAAAUAUAAUACAGCUACUUCAUAAUCUAACUAAGCAAGAAAUGGCGACUACCCUUUUACCUAAUCUUCCAAGAAAUAAAAAGCGUGAUGAUGUAUUAAACUACAACAUAAUUAGAACCAACUAUUGUCCUUACUUUGCCGUCGAUUUAUUAUAUUAAAUGUGUUUACUGAGUGUUUCUUAUAGUAGUAAUCAUAGAUGUUCGUUAUUAUAUGAAUGAGGUGGGAUUUGACAAAGUGACUGAUGGUAUCUAGGGGCGGUAUUGUAAGUCUAUCUCUUGACCAACAACAUAUUCCUGAUAUUGGUUUAUUUAAAAAACAAGGUAAAUAAUUUUUAUGUCUAUGGAUAAUAAUGAUUAUAAAAAUUAUUAAUAAAUAAAUUAUUAAGACCUUUAUUUCAGUAUAGUCAAAAAUAAUAAUAAUAAUUAGAAAAUCUUCAAUCUUAUGUUUUCUAGAUAACAUAAGGUGUUUAAUUUAUUGGUUGAUAUAAUUAUUUUCUGCUUAACAAAGGUACUUUCUCUGAGCUCUUCGCAAUAUAUUGUUGGCAAUGAGCUUUAGACAUGUAAAGAAAAUAGCCAUAAAAAUGUGAGAAAUAUUUCAUUAGUUUAUAGGUUUAACGAAAUGUCGCAAGAUAAUUGUAAAAUUGUAAACAUAAUUAAUAUUAUUGUAAUAUUGAGAUUAAAAUGUAUUGACGUAUGUGUAUCGUCCUGUAUAUACCUACUGUAUAGGUGUUCAUGUAAAUAUUCACUAAAUGUAAAACUAUUAUAUUACCUAUUUGACUGAAGUAGUUAUUAAAUAUGAAAUAAAGACAUGUAUUGCGGUACGAGUUGAUGUUUCAUUUAUUUAUACGAAAGUAAAUAUCUUUGUAUAUCUAACUUACCCCCUGGCAUUACUAACAAGAAAUAUUUGAACAAAAAUAGCAGUAAAAUGUAUUUUUCGAAAAUACAUUUU